CAUCAAAUUCCCAACUGAUUUACAUCGUUCAAUCACCUUUUAAACCAGCUGGUAAAAGCUGGCUCAACCAUAUACCCUGUUGCCCAAUUUUCUUGAUUUCUCUUGCUCUUAAAUUCCCAACCCAUACUAGCAUUUACUGGGUUUCUUCAUGUAUAACUAGAAAGACGUAAACUUGUAUAUUAAGAUGGCGGGAGGAUACAGGGCGGAAGAUGAUUACGAUUACCUGUUCAAAGUGGUUUUGAUUGGCGAUUCUGGGGUUGGAAAGUCGAAUUUACUAUCGAGAUUCACGCGCAACGAGUUCAGUUUGGAGUCAAAGUCCACCAUCGGCGUAGAAUUCGCCACCCGAAGCAUUAGUGUAGAAGAUAAGAUCGUUAAAGCCCAGAUUUGGGACACCGCCGGCCAAGAACGAUACCGUGCAAUCACAAGUGCAUACUACCGGGGGGCAGUUGGUGCUUUGCUUGUUUAUGAUGUCACUCGACAUGUCACAUUCGAGAAUGUUGAAAGAUGGUUGAAAGAGCUCCGAGAUCACACAGACCAGAAUAUUGUUAUAAUGCUUGUGGGCAACAAGGCUGAUUUACGUCAUCUACGUGCCGUCUCCACUGAGGAUGGCAAGGCUUUUGCCGAGAGAGAAAAUACAUACUUUAUGGAGACAUCUGCACUCGAGUCUAUGAAUGUCGGGAAUGCUUUUACGGAAGUACUCACCCAAAUAUACCAUGUGGUUAGUCGGAAGGCACUUGAUAUUGGAGAUGACCCUGCUGCCCUGCCCAAAGGGCAAACCAUAGACGUUGGGACCAAGGAGGACGUUUCAGCGGUGAAGAAGGUUGGUUGUUGCUCAGUCUAAUCACAAGACUCGUGAAUCAGUGGGUGUUGCGUUCUCCUUGAAUUCCAUUAACCUUUCAGACGGUGCUAUUUCUUUUUGUUGUCGCUAUACUUUCAGUGAUUGUCCUAAGCUAGAGCUAGGGCUAGAGCUGCUCAGUUUUGGAGUUAGAGAUGUGUUGUUCGUUUUUUCUUUCAAUCUGUACUGUUCCAUUUGUGUGCUCUGAUCUGCUGUUGUAUUAUACUGCAGUUUGCGUGGUAUCUGGAUUAAAAUUCUUCAAAACAGUGAUUUUCAAUGUUUCUUAUAGUUGAUGAAUGAGUAGUUACAACCAGACA